AUGCUCCACCAGGUGGAGAAGCUUGGCGACGAUCUGCAGGUUGCAGUGUCGUGGAUGUUCCUUCCCGAGACGAUAUACGACGAGGAGGUCUGCAAGGAGGCCCCAUUGGAAGAGGAUUUGCCACUUGCUGUGAUGGACACUUUGUACAUGUACACCGGUAAGGGCAUCAUCCCCCAGGGGUACGCGGACCCCCGCAUGUUCGUCGACGGGCUGGCAAGAAGGAUGAAGGAGCGCAAGGUAGAGUACCUCACGUUGGACGCUUUCACGAGCGAAGUGUCCCGAGGAGGCGCCAUUCUAGCCACGGUCAAAGACCGCAAGAAAAAAAUUAAGAAGAUAUUCAAGCUGUUGACUUCCUACGCCAGCAACCCCGACAGGGGCCUCAGAUCCGAGGAGCUCCACAAAAUCCCCCUCCGCCUGUGGUGCAAGCCCGCGGCGGAGGGCGACGACGAGGGCCCCCUGCCGUGCGACGUGGGCCAGGAGUACGAGUUCUGCGACGACGCGGAGUUCAAAAAAAUGGACGACUAUGUCAGGCAGCAGCUGUCCAAGACUGCCGCCGCAUCCCGUAACCCCCCGACGCCCGAGGCGCCGCAGCCCACGCACCGGCGGGUGUACCCGUCGGGCAGGAGCUCCGCGCUGGCGGAGGCGGCCGCGGCCAGGCAGCGCGCCUCGCAGUCCAGGCAGCGGCCACGGCCGGACGAGCUGUAG